GUAUGACACGUUUGACGUCACAGUUGGGUAAACAGGUAUAAAUAGGAGUCAGACAACCAGCUCCACUUCAUUUUGUUCGACAGAGACAGAGAAACAACAGCGAGGAGAAUCGAGAAGAAUGGCUUCACAGAGAAACUCAGCAGAAUCACACACUCACAUCAUCCCCAUGGAAACCCUCCGUCCACGGAUCUGCUCCUUCUUUGAAGGAAUCAGACCGCAGCAGAUGGAGAUGCUGGUCGCAGGGAACCCGGACCUCCCGACGAAAGUCCUUCUAGCAGAACUGCUGCUGGACAUGAUUGAGACCUGCGUCCAGUCAAUUCUAGAACAUUUAAGGAGGACACAGACCCAGAUGCUGGAGGAAGACGUGUCGGCUGCAGUAGCUGACGCUCUUCCUCGGAGCUUCGCGGAGGUUUUACAAGAUCACAUCAGCAGUGACAUGUCAGAGAACCUGAAGGAACUGCUGGUUGAAGAGGUGGUGGAGAACCUCAGAUCUUCAUCCUCCAGCGAAGAUUCUAGCCCCAGACUGACACCUCCACAGCGGGUCAACAGCAUGGUUAAUGAAGCCAUCAAGAUGAUCCACAGCUCCACGAGUGGGACCAGCAGGAAGUCUAUAUCCUACAGGUCCACAGAGAGCGUGAACAGGGUGAAAAGCGCUGGAAGCGGUCAAAGCCCAACAGGUUUAGAGGCUUUGAGGAGUCUGAGGUCGGAGCUCAGCUCUCUGAAAUCCACCGACAGCCUGGAUACGACCGUCAAGAAGAUGGUCCACAGCAUCAUCCAGAGGACGGUGGAUGAAGUGACGGAGCCGCUCACCCAGAGGAGCCUGAUGUCGUGCAGCCAUGAGGAGAUGGAGAAGCACAUCAGUGAGGAGACGGAGAAGAUCUCCUCACACAUCUCCUCAGUCCUGGAAGCCCAGCUGUCCCCAUCUGUGGAACAGGACGCCGAGAAACUCCCCCAGAAGGGAAUCGCAGGGAAGGUGAAAACCUUCCUUGCUAAACUGUUUGCAAAGGCGCUGAUGUUCCGCACGUGGGGGCGAUUCGAAAAGAGGGCGCACAGAGACAUAAGGCGCUACAGUAAAGAGGCGACGGACGUCCUCGUGGAAGCCGUGGAAUCUCUGCUGGAGGUCCACGAAGAGACAAAGGAGGAAGAAGAGGUUUGUUUCCUAAACAUUCCUGCAAAUCAGACGCUGCAUUUCACGCAGGCUCUCACAGACAUCCUGUAUGAGAGAUCCGCGGAGAUGGUGGUCCCUGCGCAGCUGCGCACCAGAGACCGUCGUUACGCGGACAUCCAGUACAGAGUGGUUCUGUUUCUGACUCUGGUCCGCUGGUGGAUGACCACCCAGAUGGAGCCGCACAGCAGACAGGUGCUGCGGGCUCUGACGGACGGCUUGUCUCCGCUGACUCCUCGUUUCACCAACGAGGAGCUGUCUGCUCCGUGGCCGGAGGCUCCUCUGACACAAGAAACGGUCGUGGAAACACCGGAGGAUCCCAGAAAAGUCUACGUGGCUGUGACAGUAUAUCGGAUUGUCGCCGGGCUGUUCACAAAAGCUAAGAUGCCCUGCUCCUAUGUAGAGCUGAAGGUCCGCUUCAAGUGGCUAGCAGAAGAAGUUUGGUCCUGGAUGCAGGACAAAUACAUCGACAUGAUGCUGGACAGAUCUGAAGAGCUGCACAAAAGCAUCUCCAAGGAUCUGUUGAAGUGGUUUGGCGGAAUGCAGAGGGUCCUGGUUCUCCUGGAGCGACAGGAUCCGCAGGCAAGAAGACACGGAGCUUCAGGAGCCAAAGAACGCUAAUGAGGUAACGCUAACGCCACAAUUAAAUCAAAUAACUCUGGAUUAUGACGUUAUUUAGCUACGCUAUUGUGAAUGCGUUGUUAAAGUGUUUUUCAGUAGAACAGAGGAGAGUCAGGUCGCUGGUGGAGCUCGGCGGCUGUUUUUCCACUAGCAUAAGUAGCUGCUAAGCUACAUUAGCUAACAACAGCAGUUUGACGGUGAUUCAUGAAAACCCUGAGUUACAAUUAUUGUAAACUUAACAGCUAAACACUAUUAUUCUCAGUUUUCCAGGGCGGCGAUGAGGCUGAGAUGUGGUGCUGGACACAGAACCUGCACAGAGAAAGGUGACUAAAUCCAAAGAUUAAGCUGCAAGAUCAGAGACAAAAAGAGCAAGAAUAAGAGUUGAAAUGAGCAUUUACAGAAUUUUUGAAAAUUUGCAAAACUUUCAGGAAGAAAAUUCCAAUAAUUCCUUUAAAGCUUCCCUUAAAAGUUUUAUUUUUUUUAAAAAUGGCCCAAAUUUGGCAAGAAAAUUCUUGUAUUUUCAAAAAAUUUUAAAAAUCUUCCCAAAAAAAUCCUAAAGAUGUCUA